AUGGAAUCACAACAUCCAAAUUGUGUGAUUUUAACUCAAGUAGGACAUUUUUAUGAAUUAUAUUUUGAACAAGCUCAAGAAUUUGGUCCAAAAUUAGGUAUAAAAGUUACAAGUAAAAAGACUAGUAAUCAUGAAAUUCCAAUGUCAGGAUUUCCAGUUGCUCAACUACAAAAAUUUGUUAAAAUUUUAGUUCAAGAUUUAGGAGAAAGUGUUGCUAUUGUUGAUCAAUAUAAAAAUCAAGAAGUAAUAAAUAAUCUUAUUCAUAGAAGAGUAUCAAGAAUAGUUACACCAGGAACUUUAAUUGAAGAAACUUUUAUUAAUUAUAAUGAGAAUAAUUAUUUAGCAUCAAUAUAUCUUCCACCAAAUUGCACAAAAGUUAAAGCUGAUCCUAAUACAAAAAUUGGAAUUGCAUGGAUUGAUGUUUCAGUGGGUGAUUUUUAUGUUCAAGAAUCAACUUUAGGUGAAUUAGAUUCAGAUAUUUCAAGAAUUACUCCUAGUGAAAUUAUACUUCCUCAAGAAUUUCAAAAGGAAAAUUUAUUAGAUGGUGAAUGGUUUACACCAUUUCAACAAUUAAAACGAUAUUUUUUAAGGUAUCAUAAUUCUAUUGGUAAAGAUUUAAAAUCUGAAUUUGAAAGUGGUUAUCAAACUACUCGUAAAGCUCUUGAAAGUUUUUCAGGAAGUGAAAUAGCAGCGAUGAAUAUGAUUUUAUCAUAUAUUCAUGUAAAUUUACCUGAUUCUAAACCUCAUUUAGAUAUACCUAUUCAAUAUGGAAAUGAAAAAUAUUUACAAAUGGAUCCUAGAACAAGAGCAGCUUUAGAAUUAAUUGAAAGAUCUACUGGCGGUCGAUUAUCAGUUGUUGGAACAUUACUUUCAACCAUUAAAAGAACAGUAACCACUUCUGGAACUAGACUUUUAACUCAAUAUUUAAAAUCUCCAAUUUUAGAUACUGAAGAAUUAUUAAGAAGACAAAAAUAUGUGGCAUUAUUUAAAGAUCAUGGUGAAAUGAGAGUUACAUUAAGAACAAAAUUAUCUCAAUUAGGAGAUCUCGUUAGAUCUUUACAACGUCUUUCAUUUGGUACCGGUGAUCAAUUUGGACAUUUAUUAUCUAUUGGUGAUGGAUUAUCGAAACUUAAAGAUCUUGAAGAUUAUUUAACUGAAGAAUUUAAAAGUAAUCCUAAAACGUUUAGUACUUUAGAAAAUUUCUUAGAUAAAUUUCGAGUCCCUAAUCAUAUUGUUAAAGAAAUAAAUUCUACUCUUCAUGUUUUGAAUAAACAAGAAUAUGAAGUAAAUACAACAGAAGAAAAUGAAGUUAAUGUUGAAUCAAAUUAUGUUGAUAAUGGAUCAUAUGGAAAUAAUUCAGUAAAUAAAUAUUUAAUUCUACCCCAAGAUGAAAAUAAGUUUGAAUUCUUAGUUAAACGAGAUUUUAGUAUUCAAUUAAGUUCAUUACAUGAUCAUCUUGAUCAGUUGUAUAGACAAGAAGAACUGAUAAUAACUUCAUUAACUAAUGAAUUAUCUGCUAUAGAUCCUACUGUAAAUGUGAAAAGAAUGCUUCAAUCAGGUCGACACUUCAAUAGUCUUCAUAUUCUGGGAAAACGUGAUAAAUUAGAUGAAAUUCAUCGACAAUAUAAAAUGUAUGUUCGAGACAAAAGAAAGGAUUCAUUAAUUUAUAAACCACUUGAAUGGAGUCAAUUACAAAAUGAAGUUGAAGGAAUUAAACAAGAUAUAAGAAAUUUAGAGAAGGAAAUUAUUGAAAAUUUACGAUUAAAAGUUCUUGAAGAUAUUUCAUCUAUUAGACAAAGUAGUGAAUUGGCCGGAUUUUUAGAUGUUAUGAUAUCAUUUUCAGUAUUAGCUGAAGAAUUUAAUUUAACUUGUCCAAUUUUUCUUAAAGGUAAUACUUUAAAUAUUACUGGAGGUAGACAUUUAGUAGUUGAAUCAUCCUUAAGGGAAACAGGAAUUAAUUUUACUCCUAAUGAUACUAAACUUUCAAGUCCAAAUAGUAUGACACUGAUUAUUUCUGGUCCAAAUAUGGGAGGUAAAAGUACAUUUUUAAGACAAAAUGCUCUAAUUAUAAUUCUUGCCCAAAUUGGAUGUUUUGUUCCAGCUGAUAAGGCAAAAAUUGGAUUAGUUGAUAAAAUUUUUACUAGAAUUGGAGCAUCUGAUGAUAUUUUUAAUGAUUUAAGUACAUUUAUGGUAGAAAUGGUUGAAACAAGUAAUAUUUUACAAAAUGCAACCCCAAAAUCUCUUGCAAUUGUAGAUGAAAUUGGUAGAGGUACAAGUGGUAAAGAAGGUUUAGCAUUAGCAUAUGCUACAUUAAUGCAUUUAGUAUUUAAAAAUAAAUGUCGUACACUUUUUGCAACCCAUUUUGGAUUAGAAUUAAAACAACUUAUGGAAGAAAAUGAUAUUAAUCAAACUAAUAUGAAAUUCUUAAGAACAAGAGUAUUAAUUGAAGAUGAAAUAGAUAAGAAAAUCAUUAUAGAUCAUAAUUUAGAACCAGGCAUUAGUGAAAGAUCAUAUGCACUUGAAGUAGCAGCUAUGGCAGGAUUUCCUAAGCUGGCUCUUGAGAAUGCAAAAUCAGCAUAUCGUUCUUUAGCAUUAAAUUAG